AUGAAAUGCUGCCUCCAGUGGUCACAAUCAGAUCUUGCGACCAAAUACGAUGGGACCAUUGUGAAACCGGUGGCGAAUGUCAACCUGCGAGCCAACGAUUCUUCGCCCAGGGAAGACAUCGACGCCGUCGUGUUGACGUGUAGCGCCCGGGGAACUCAACUGCAGCGGAAAUGGUUAUUUCACAAUGAUCGUGUCCGGGCGAAUGACAGGAUAACUAUAGCCGGUGACACGCUGCUCAUCGCCCCUGUACAGAGGACCGACACGGGAUGGUACACAUGCAUCGUAAGCAAUGGACUGAACAGCGAAAUCGCGGAGACAUUUGUGAAUGUUUACCAACGGGUGGCGGGUGUCACCCUGCGAGCCAACGAUGCUUCGCCCAAGGAAGACAUCGACGCCGUCGUGUUGACGUGUAGCGCCCGGGGAACUCAACUGCAGCGGGAAUGGUUCUUUUACAAUUAUCAUGUCCUGGCGAAUGACAGGAUAACUAUAGCCGGUGACACGCUGCUCAUCGCCCCUGUACAGAGGACCGACACGGGAUUGUACAAAUGCAUCGUAAGCAAUCGACUGAACAGCGAAAGCGCGGAGACAUUUGUGAAUGUUUACCCUGUUGCUUCGCCUGUCCCCAUUUCCAUCAUUGUCGGCAUUCUUAUCACCAUCGCUGUAUGUCUCUGCUGCGGACUCUUCGCGUUGUUCAUCGUCAAGAAGACAUGCAGGCCCAACCCACCACCCCGGACGAAUAACGACACGGACAGGACUACUGCAGGAGAUAAUACGGUGGCUGCGAAUGCCGAGGACGGAUCGGCCAAUUAUGAAAAUAUCCCGGAUAGUGCGCAGGUUGGUUCCUAUACUCAAUACAAUCAGUUUUAUUCGUCACAUUGCACAUAAAGUGCAAAUUAAAUGAAUUUGUCAGCAGCGGUACAAUGAGAAAGAACACACAAUCUAUCUAUAUUAUUAAAACUCUGCUCUUGACCGGUUUUGGCCAUCUGUGCUGCGGUUUCCGAGAGUACCUACGGCCGUCAUUUGUGGCCACCUCGCUCAGAUCCCCCCUCCUCCGCGUGUGUGCCGAGGAUUUUCCCCGUCGAUGAAAAAUGACAGAGAUAUUAAUGUUUUUACAAAAUUCUCCAUUCUCUCUGCUGCCCCUGCUGGAGGGAGGGGG